GUCUUUUAGACAGGUGUGGCUGACAACGAUAGAAUCCUCUCAUUUUGAAAUCGCUCAGUCUGAUUUUUCUUCUUCAUCAGACAAGGAGCGACAAGUGAGGAGUCAGUGACGUAAUGGUUUUCAUCUUAUUUAUUUUAGGCUUCAAUGGAGCUUGGGCGGGUCCCAUGAAGGACUCCUUGGACGGGAUGCAACAGUUGAUGACGGGGGAUCCCUUCUUCGAUCAACACACAUACGACACCAUGGUUGGUUGCUUUGAUCCUAAGCUUGUGGAUGCCACCAAUGCUCAAUGGGCGGGAUUUUUAGAAUACGCCCAAGCUGGUGGAAACGAAGCCGAUGGAGAUCCUUGGCCACCGUGUGAUGCACAAGGGAAAUGGUUUGAGAACAAUUGUACCACACAAGAAUAUGGAAGCAUUCCCAUCUACGAACCUUGCAAUUAUGCUUCAAAUGUGGCCUAUUACCAUACGGCCAUCGAAAUUUGCAAGCGAUCCGAUUGGGCAUUUUCUGACGCAGACGUACAAGGCAUGGUUCGAAACUUUGGGAUUUUGGCCCAAGGGUCGGCGUUCCUUCACGGGAGCCAAACGAGUGUGGGUGGAGCCGCUGAUGUACGGCUCAAUGAUCUUUUCACUUAUAUCGCUUAUCAGGCAGCCGUUCAGAACCUCUCACCCGCCAACAGAUCCGUGGUUUUUCACUUGGGUUACCAAGACAGGCCACUGACUGCCCUUGAGCUCACCGAAAACAUCAUGGACAUGUACCUGAAUGAUCCAGUGGCCUCGUGGGGUCAUCACCUCAAUGAUUUGGAUUUUCCGCCCAUUCGAGUGGGUAUGUGUGGUUUCUUUGCCACUGCCCUUCAACUCACCAUUGAAGACGAAGUCAUGGACCAAAUCGUGGAGUUCUUGGUCAAUUCCUUUAAUGGGUUUGACGAGGAAAUGAAGGAAUUCUGUUUGAAGACAUUUAUCCCAGAGAUGCGUCAAACUAUUGGCCACAUUGAAUUACCCGAAGGAGAGAAGCAAAAGUUCAUGGGUUUGUUUGAGGGGACCAUCAUGAAGCUCAUCUUUUCGUUUGUGUGGCAGGAGCAAGAACUUUUCUCGGGUCCCACGUUCCUUGAUCCGGAUUUCAAUGAAUGGGGCGCUUCCUUCCUGCCCACUUUCAAUGAUCUGGCCAACUCGCUUCAUAACCUGACCUACUUCAAUCCAGACCAUCAGCAUGGCAUUGGCAUCUAUCCGGGAGAGACUUGGUGCAAUCCCGUCAUCCCACACGCCAAAUGGCAUUUGGAGACCUCGAUCGCCUUGGCUGAUUUCGCCGUCAUGGCCAACGAAAUGUACAAAAUCUUUGAAGCAUACGCCUGAAGAGAAGGCUUUACUGGGGGAAAAAAUCAUCGCAACAGACGAAUGAAUUGAGGCAGUAAAUAUAGCAAUGGAUGCCCCAAGAUUA